AUGUGCAACAUCAGAUCUAGUUUCUUAUGCGCACUUUCCCCAUUUCUUCUCAGCACAACUAUUCUUCCUGCUAUUUCUGUAGGCAACAAACUUGAGCAGCUGGGGGGCCCUAUCAUGUUUUCUUUCACGCCUCGGGUUGGGCUUAGCUUUGACAUUUCUGGCAGACGGGGAGCAGAUAACUCUGGUUUGUGCCGCCCUCACCGUCUACGCUUAGCCACCGUAGUGAUGUUACUACUCUUCAUGGCUCCCCCAGCUUUAUCAGAAGAUGUCAUGACGGUUAGGGUCUACUCUUUGCUAUAUAAUCCUCUUAUACCGGACAACCUAUGCGAUGCAAUCAAUGCAGGACUCAACGCUUCUCUGGCAUCCCGCAAAUGGACUGUUGCACCCGAUGUCAAGGUAGAGCUCAUUUCACCUACGUCUUACAAGAUCAAGCCUGUUGAGGUCCUUCAAGUCGCCUUAGAGCGACACAAAGGCGAGUUCUUUGUCGUCAUUGGGCCAGUUGGCGACGGUCAGGCGCUUGCCUCCCUUCCAUUGCUGGAGCGAGAGAAUUUGGUCGGUUUUGCUCCGUCCACCGGGUCCAACGCUAUGCGUGGAUGGAAUCCCCACGUAUAUUUUCUCAGUGCUUCGCCCAAUGCGGAAUUGCUCACCCUCGUUCGCUAUGCUGUCAGCCAACUGCGCCUGCUUCGGAUUGGAUUUAUGUAUCUUCGGGGCAUUUCCUUUGGUGAUACUGAGUAUAAGAUGACCACGUCACUAAUGUCCAGCGUGGGCCGUGAGCUAUGUGGUGUGUUUACUGUGGACGGCUUAAUGAGAGGACGGGUCAACGAUGAUGACUUUAAUACCGCCUGGGAGCAGUUUGCGGAGACGAGACCGCAAGGCGUCAUCGCGUUUGCCCCUCCGGCAAAAGACCUCAUCAAGUUUGUGAAGAGGUUGUUGUCUGACAGCCGCACGCACGAUGCUUACUUGCUGUCUUCUUCAUCGCUUGAGUUCGCACUAGACACGUGGCGCGAGGCAUUGGAAGCAGAUGGUGCUGAAUUUUUUCUUGGCCAACUCAUGCUAACACGAACAGGUCCACUGGCGAGGGACACACACUACCAAGCAAUCAGGCGCUUUCAGGAUCACAUGAGGUCGUACCUGAGCGCUAAUCCUGGAGUGACUGUUUUCAAUGGCACGGAUAACUUCGACCACGACGACGUGGAUGGGGAGCUUAUGGUGUAUGGGUGGAUUGCGGGAGAAGUGCUGUCCCAGGCGCUAAGUAGUCGGGAGUGGCUAACAAGCAGGAAGGCAUUCAUGGAGUCACUGUAUAACCAGCGCCGUUAUGUUAUUGACGACCUUGUGAUUGGUGAUUUUGGUGGAGACUGCAAAGGUGGGGCCGGUGAGCGAGGAGCAGCAUGCAACUGUAAUCAGGGAGGGAAUGUGCUGUACAUCAAUGUCGUCGGAAACGACGAGCGAUUCCACACGGUGCAGGGAGGAACAACAGUCUUUGAACCGUCCAGGUGCCUUGCUGAAAGCGUAAGACUGUACUCUCCACUGAACACUUUGAUGUUUUUAAUGCUGGAUCGCGAGUUGGCGCAGGUCUCCAGCGAGGCACUGUACUACGGAGCUAAUGUUCUAACUGGUAACGGGAGAUUUGGUCAAUCUGAUCGGCUAUUUAUAAGCAUGAUACCUUCGCCGUCAAAUGCCACCUAUUUGGCACUACAGAGCGAGCUUGACACAAGGAGUGUGACGGCUGUGUUUGGUGUCGUUGAUGAUGCGAUGCUGUCCAUUGCCGAAGUUGCCUUCGUUGACCCUGUAAUGCUUACACCACGCCUGCAUCAUCGUGGCAGAAACGUGAUUCAACUUUCACCCACACUCGAGCAGCAGUUGUUUGUUGUUGUGGGUUACGUGACAAACACAAGUGCCAGCGCCCCUAUGUCUGCCAUCGUACGUGGAGCUGAUGCCACCAUCAUUGAGGUCGCACUGCGGAAGAUUGUUUGGAUGCACGGCGGAACACUGCAAACGGUAGCUGUGCUGGAUGACAAUGCCACCCUUGUUGGGCGCCUGCCAAACCGUGGGAAUGCGUUUGUUAUUGGUCUUGCCCCCGGUGACCCUUCCUUGCUCGCAGCGCACCUGGAUCGCAACCCAGAUGUGCGUGUGCUCAUCCCAUUCUUCGACGUUGCCCUGAUGUAUGAUGAGCUGGUCAGCGCAUUCAAUGGUAACCCGAACGCUGAGCGUGUGCAGUUCGCGACAAGUUUACCUCACUGGGCAGACGCCAAUACGUCAUCAGAGAUCGUAAGAGAAUUUCAUACCGCAUUGCCAGACUCAUCAGCAUGGAAGCCGCUGCCGUUGCUGGGGUACGCUGCUGCACGGUUUGCUCAAGCCGUCCUCCCACGCAUGGAGUAUGUGACACCCAAAACGCUGCUUGACACCAUCUACAUGCAAUCUAUCAUUACCGCGGAUGAAAUGCGGUACGGUCCUUUUGAAGAGGAAGAGGAGAAGGAGUGCUUCACAGCCAAUGACCCAGUCCCUGAACAAGGAGAGGUGUGUGUUGUGAACUAUGGCGCAACGCGUAUUUCCAUGUGGUCACUGGCACGUGCAUUAAAUGCCUCCGUACCGCCAUUAACCUCGCCCGUCACGCCAUUGAUACGCUACGCUGAUCCUAACGCCAUUAAGUUGUCGUCCGCACAACUUGCCGGAGUUAUUGUUGGUUCCCUCGUCGCCUUGGCUUUGUUUGCUGCGCCUCUGGUGGUGGUGCUCUAUGUUCUGCGCCGUGGUGCGCGUGACAAUGACAGUGCUCCCAAGGAGCCAAUGGAGCCCGUAACGCUAAUCUUUACUGACAUAGAGAGCAGCACAGCGCAAUGGGCAGCACACCCUGAGCUGAUGCCUGAUGCCGUGUCAACACACCACCGUCUUAUCCGCUCACUCAUCGUACAGUACGGAUGCUAUGAGGUAAAGACUGUUGGGGACUCGUUUAUGAUUGCUUGUAAAAAACCUUUUGCUGCUGCACAGCUUGCGUCCGACUUACAGCGGUGCUUCCUGCGCCAUGAGUGGGGCACCACAGCAUUCGACGAUUCGUAUCGUGAGUUUGAGAGGCAGCGUGCAGAUGACGAUAACGAAUACAAGGCACCGUCCGCACGGUUGGAUCCUGAGGUUUAUCGCCAACUGUGGAAUGGGUUGCGCGUGCGUGUCGGGGUCCACACUGGUAUUUGCGAUAUCCGCCGAGAUGAGGUGACAAAAGGCUACGAUUACUACGGGCGAACAUCAAACAUGGCAGCGCGAACAGAAAGUGUGGCUAAUGGUGGUCAGGUGCUGCUGUCGCGCGCGGCAUAUCUUUCGCUAAGCAAUUCAGAGCGUGGGCAACUUGACGUGACAGCUCUUGGAUCCAUGUCGUUGCGUGGCGUCCCUAAGCCUGUUGAAAUGUACCAACUAAACGCUGUAGUCGGACGGUCCUUCGCAGCACUGAGGUUGGACCGCGAGGUUGUCGAGGACGGGGAUCUGUCAAGCACUUCCUUCAGCGAUACGGGAUCCUUACGUGGCGUAUUAAGUGGAACUUCGCAGAUGAUUGACAGCUGUUUGCAUGCCGUGCUUGGAACGCUAGGUCCAUCCCAAAGACAGAAACUAUUGAUGCCUUUAUGCGAGCGCUGGCAGGUGAGCCUCCCGCCGUCAUCGAAAGCCACGUGGAAUGAGGAAUAUUGCGAAGGAGUUAUACGGCGUAUUGCAGUGAAAGUGGGUCGAGUGGUCGAUCACUGUGCAGCAAGUGGCAGUGAGCGGUCCGCGAGUACACUUAGGAGUGCGUCACUCAUUAUAAUUUCUAAUCAUGGAUUGGAUGGGGAGGCGCGUACCACAUAG